AUGCAAUUCGGUCUCAAGUUCUUUACCCUGCUUGCUCUCGUUGCGCUCGUUGGCUCUACCUUAGGACAACCUGUGGCCAAUGAGCAAGCUGCUGUUGAACCCAUCUUGGCAAAGCGAUGGAACCAAUGGGGUUCAGGUUGGCCGACCCAGAUUAGCUUUGUCAAUGGACACUACAGAGUCAACGGUCAAUGGCCGAUCGGGCUCAUAAACAACACACCUUAUGUGUAUCGUCAGAAUCAAUGGUACACCUUCAACCGCGGUUGGAUUGCCCCAGGUGUGACGCUUCCAAACUUCACCGGCUUCAAUCGGCUCAGCUGGUUUUAA